AUGUCGUACAUAAAAAAUUGGAGAAAAAUAGAUUCAGCUGCUACGUCUUUUGCAUUGGAGAGCAGCAGUGAUGAAAAUGAUGGAAAUGAAGAUGAAAAUACAGAACACACCAGUACGUUUUCAGAUGAGUUAGAAAAUAAUCAUACAGAAACGGGAAAUGAGACAACACCUAGAUAUGAGGAGAGUUACUCUGAAGACUCUGAAUUUAGUCAUCACAGUGAUAUCUCUAGUUCAGACCAAUCAGAUUUUGAACUGGUUGAUGCUGAAGAGGUCGCCCAUCCAUCAUUUAAAAGAGAGUUAGCUGCCUGGCUAACAGAAAAUCAUGUCAGGAGAGCAGGAGCUGACAAGUUACUGGAUAUUCUUCGGCAGAGGGGACACGAUCUUCCCAAAGAUUCUAGGACUUUACUGCAGACGCCGAUUGAAGUUCCAACAGAAGCCAGAUGUGGUGGAAGUUUUGCUUAUUUUGGAAUUAAAGCAUCUCUCGUCACUUUCUUGAUGGAAAAGACAACUUGGAUUUCGAUGUCUUGGAUAAGAGCUGUGUGGCAAGAAGACAAACAGCAAGAGGAAGGAGUAGUUCCAUCGUCAUGGAUACAAGAUGGGCAAGUAAAGUGGCCAAAAACAUCAAAUGCAUUUAAGGCGUUGAAGGCUGGUCAACAUCCAGAUGAUGGCAAAGGGAAAUGGUUGAAGUUCCCACUUAUCAAGGAAAAGUUGAGAUCAGAUAACUGGCAAGAGUGUGAGGAUGUCAACAUAACAACAUCGAUAGAGACAGAGGAAGAAGAGGAUGACAUAUCUCAGAGGAGAGAGAGAAAAAAGAAAAUCUACAGAGAUUUUAUAACAGAAGUUGAGGAUAGAACUGAAAAGGAGACCUCUCCUAUUCAGAAUACUUCAGUGGCACCAGUAGCAGAAAUCGAAGACUCUUCUACCAAUGAAGAACGAGUUUGCUUUCCACAACCACCCCAAAAAUUCCAACAGAAAGCAACAUCAAGUUCGCGAGAAAGGUCGAGAUCUUUAGAGAGGUCAAUAUCUCAGGACACAUCAAGGUCUAGGGAGAGGUCACUGGCUCGGGAGAGGUCACAUGCAAGGGAGAGGUCAUUGGCAAGGGAGAGGUCAAUGGCAAGGGAGAGGUCACAGGCAAGGGAGAGGUUACAGGCAAGGGAGAGGUCACAGGCAAGGGAGAGGUCACAAGCAAGAGAGAGGUCAGGAUCAAAGUCUCGCUUUUGUCACAGGCGAGACAGGUCCUGGUCAAGAUCAGAAUCCUUUUCCCCAAGACGACAAAGCAGGGUGCCUUCACCCACUGGCUGGAGUACAAGAGUGUCCAGACCCCAGUCUAGACUACCAACAAGAUCAAGGUCUAGAUCAAGGUCAAGUUCAAGAUCUAAACUACACCACAGACAAAGGCCAGGGUCGAGUAUGAGCACACUCUCUGCUGCUGACUUGAGCUGGCACAUCCCAAUCCCUUCAUCAACCCCAGUACAGCCACAAAGAUUUCGAGCAGAAAGACCAACUAGUCUGUCUUCUUCCAACAGAAUGGAUGAUGCUGAGAAGACAGAUAGAACUGCCCCAAAAUUGAAGAAGGAUGACCUAUCAAAAUUGGCCUUUCCGUUGUCCGAGAAAAGAUUCCAGCGCAAAAUGUUUUUUUUACUAAUAGACAUCAGGGAAGACUCGACGCAUUAGAGACAAAUUCAAAGUCAGAUUCCCAAACGAUGGUUGGGACUUCAAGGCUUCCAAAACAAGCAGGAUCAUUAGAAGAGUUCUCUCAACUAGACGGAAGCUUAUCCAACAUAGACAAAAGAGAAAAACUGGUGCAGAGACUUUCUAAGGUUGGGGGGAGCUCUGUAAGAAGUGUUUGUAAAAACAUUUUACUGAAACUUGCCACAAAUGAAGUGAUGUCCAAGUUCAACAUGAAGGGUACCAGAGGAAAAAUAAGCUUCACUGUUACCAAAGUAUUUGGUGUUGUGAAAGAGAGUGCUCAGUUGUGUAUUGGAGGCAGUGACGCUGACAUUGAAAAUUCCAUAGCAUACACAUUGAAACAUGCACCAGACAGGCGUGGUGGAGGAGGAAGACAGUAAUUCCUAGUUUAAUAAAUGAAAACAUAUCUGUAUGUUUGAAUGUAUUUAGCCAAACGUUACAAACAACAAAAUGACUAUUUGAUGAUAUACCGUAUUUGACCUAAUAAGGGCGCCCCUACCUUUUUUAAAGGAAAUAAAU